UUACAGUCAGGAACGUCCAAAAUUGAACGAAAUUUUCAUUAUGUAAAAUGUUUCGUUUUACCGUAAAUGUUUAACAGUUGAUAUUUAGAAAAGGGGUGCAAAAUGUUGGAAGGGGUUGUUGCGAGGUUAUUUAACCAGUUGUUGGGGAGAUAUGUGGUGGAUUUGGAUACGGAAAAUUUGAAUGUUGGAAUUUUUUCUGGACAAGUGCAGAUGACUGAUGUACGGCUCAAGCCAGAAGCUUUGUACGAGUUGGAACUACCCAUAGAAGUAGUAAUGGGUACUAUUGGAAAAAUAUGGUUGCAAAUACCAUGGAACCGUUUAUGGUCGCAACCGGUUGUCGUGAAUAUAGAAAACAUUCAUAUUCUGGCUAAACCAAUAGUCAGGUUUGAGAAGUACGAUUCGGAAAAAGACAAGAGGCUUUUGAGGGCGUUUAAAAGGAGAGCGUUAGGAAAACUCGACAGCGAAGGAUUUAAUAUAGGAGGACCGCAGUCCUUCGCGGAACAUUUAGUUGCAAACAUUGUAAACAAUAUGCAAAUUACAUUAACCAAUAUACAUAUUAGAUAUGAGGAUACGGUUAGCGUCGAAUAUCCAAUCGCUUGCGGAUUUUGUAUUGGCAGCAUUUCUGCAGAACCUACCAAUAGUAAGUGGAAAGCUUGUAAAGUAAAUGAAUCUUCUACAACGUGCUACUAUCUGGUAAAAGUAGAAGCGUUAUAUACAUAUUGGAACGUUAAUAUUACGCCUCCUGAUUGGAAUUUUCCUUCUGAUUAUUACACGUGGAGGAACAUUUGGGAUAUAAAUUUGAACUUAAAGGUGCCUAUCUUUAUCAUCCCAGAGGAUGGCAACAUUGCAGGGAACAGUAGUCUUUUGAUAUUAGAUUUAGGGAGAAUAGAAGUCACCACCGAAUUAUGGAAAAGAAAUGUCGUCCUUGAAUUUGCCACUCAAAUGGAAAUGGAGGAGCAACUAUAUUCCCGCUUACACAUUAAGUGUUCCGACAUUCAAGUCCUUUUCGGAAAUUCAAAAGACAACUGGAAGGAAUCAAUGAAAGAGAAGGACACUGAAUUGCAUAUUUUGCCAAAGACAAAAAUUUCAGCUUUUUACGCGUUACGCGUCCGAGACGUUUCGAACAUACCAAGGUACAAAUUUAGCUCUGCUUUUGAAAACUUUAAAAUAAAUAUCAGAGAAAAAAGGCUAGAGCAGAUUUUCGACUACUUUGAUUCAUUACUAGAGAGUAAGAGGAACGAAAUUCCUCAGAAUAGAGCAUCGAGGUGGUUGAAUGACACUAUUUUCACUAGAAAUUCUUAUUCUUAUCAUUGCCAUGUAUUAUCUAUUAUCAAAAAGUCAACCGGAUUGAGCAAACCGAAAUCUAAAGACAAUUCCUCCUCGACGUCUUCAACUAACCAAGAUAAGAAAAGAAAUGUGGAAAUGCCAAAGCAGGAUAUGAAUGAAGCAUUUGCAAGAGUAAUAGAUUUGCCAGGACUUGAAGACAAUAUUUCCCCCAACAAUACAAUUCGAACUCUUCUCAGGUUUAGCUUUAACGAGUUUACGUUGACAGUAUUCCGAUCAAAUGCAGCAACAGACAAGCAGUACCUUAUUCUUCGACUUCAUGAAGUCACUGUUGACUUGGCCUACAUGACUUAUGGUCCAGCUUAUCAGGUUUCGGUGAGAAGUAUUUGUUUAACAGACAAAUGCCACACUACUUGUAGUGGUCAGUAUUUAGAUCUCAUUCAUAGUCCUUUUCCGAGUAAAGAAGACAUUUUUGUUCUACUUUAUAGAAGGGUAGAUGCAAAAUGCCCAGACUUCUGGACACAUUUUCAUGGGGUGGAAACAUCCCUCGUUGCGGAUUUUGACACUGUCCAUUUAACUCUUCAUCAGGAAGCGACUGAAAAUCUUUUAAAAUAUACAAAAUAUCUGUGUUAUACCAUUUGCAGUAAACUUUCUGGAUUAUUAAUCCCUUCGGUCAAAAAUACUUGGGCGAAGAUAAAAGCGUCGUUUUCGGACUCUCGUAAGAAUACUCCUGUUCCUCCUGGAGCUGUUAAAUACUCACAAUCAGGUCGACUCAAUAUAAUGGACAUAAAAGUAUGCGCCUCCGAUUUUGACAUUAUGGGCAUUCAGAUAUCUGGACUGGAAGUUGAUUUGCUCUUUCGGGCAAACGAACGAUUUGUGUUUAAGUCUUUCCUGAGACAUAUUUCUGUAGACCAUUUGUCUGAAGUAACACUUUAUCCAAAAAUUUUGACAACUGAUGGUGAAAAGGUGUAUGAAGUAAAGUAUGUCCAAAAUGCAACCCACAUAGUGGAGCAAAAUCAAGGGAAUGAGGACAAAAUUGUCACCAAUGGAACCUUCAAGUUUUAUUUGGGACGACUACAUAUAACAUUCCUUUAUAAACUAAUUGUGCAGUUCCAGCGCUUUCUUCUGGGAAUGGAAAUGAUUUCUUGCGUGGAGAGUCUAUAUGAAAUUUUCUCAAGGAACAUUUCCAAAAUAACAGAAACCUUAAAACCAAAUUCCAAAAUACAUCUUGCUAUAAAUCUACAAGGUCCGGUUAUUUUAUUUCCUCAAAAAUCCGAUUCUCCUAAUGUAAUUAUCGUUGACACAGGCGAAUUACAUUUAGAAAAUUUCUUCAAGAGGUACUCAAACGAUGUUGUUGAUAAUAUUCUUGUUAAACUUGAUCAGAUAUGCUUAUCAAGAGCUGUAAUGGGUUUAACGGCAAACAUAGAAAUGCAGGAAACAAUGUUGGAGCCGCUUGGAUUAAAUUUGGAUGUAAAAAGCUACGUAUCUCAAUCCAAUUCUCUUAAAACGAAUAUAUCCUGGGAAGUAGAUGGAAACUUGGACGUAAUUCAGAUAAACGUAGGACAGAGAGAUUUGUCAACACUAAUAGCCUGUUACACAGACAACAUAGGUGAAGGAAAGCUUUUGAACUUGCUCCCUGAAAAGAAGAAGGUCCCAAUUAAAGAGGAUGAAUCCUUAGAAGCCGUUAAGAAAUUAGAGUCCUUUUUUUGCAAACCGAAACAGAAAGACAUUUCGUUGAAAUUUUCAUUGGAUGGCUUACAUGUAACGUUAUUUUUCGAUCCUAGUGAAUUAUUAAGCUCGCCAAUUAGGGAUUUAAAUCAUGGAUUUUGUAAAAUUGAAUUAGCCGAAAUUGCUCUGUAUGUUGUGGUUUACACGGACAAAACUUUGGAGGGAAAGUUUAAUGCUGAGAUGAUUACAAUAGAAGAAUUAGGACCAGACGUAAACACAUGUAAUAAAUAUAUCUUACAGUCAACUGCGGAAGACAGUGCGAAUAACAAUGCCAAAGUAACAAUAAAUAAACCGCCUGUCAUAGAUAUAACAUUUACUCAAAACAAAUCCAAUGACAAGUCUGUAGAUACAAUAAUUGGAAGUUUAAGUUUAAGUCUGUCCGUGCCUUUCUGUGAAAAAAUUGCAAUAUUCAUCUUGGAAUCGUUACCAAAAGAAAAUACAGAUUUGGGUAUUGUAAACCAUGGUUACAUAAGUGAUCAUUCAGAACAAGAACCAACGGUCAACUGUACCUCCAGUUUAACUGUAGCUUUACGAAUAAAUAAACCAGAAUUCAUUUUUGUUAUUGAAAGCACUUCCAAGAAACAGAAAUAUUUUAUUACGAGAUCGGAAGUUUUACUGGAUUAUUCUAGACAUAAUAAUACUUUAAAUUUGGUUUUGUCUCUUUCUGGAAUACAUACUCUAUUUUACGACUCUGGAUUAAGCUAUUCUGAUUCUUACGUAGUCUUGAAGAGGUGUGAAAUUGAAUUAGCGAGAAAUUAUUCCGAAGAUAAAGGAGAGAAAAUUUCAUUAUCAGUAUCGCCUAUACAAAUUCAUAUAUGUGAUAGAGUUGUCCAUUCUAUUACCGACAUUCUUCACGAUAUCGCGGAACAUUUUAGAGUUCCUGAUCAAACAUCUCGAAAGUCCUCAAGGGCUGGGAAAAGGUUUUCACAAAAAUCAUUUGAACAUGACGAUUUAUGGGAAUCAAAGAAAUUACCCGAAACCCAGGACGAGCUAAAGAAUAUUUAUGUAAAUCCUAAACCACCUGUUCAUAAAAUCCAUCAAGUAUUUCUGAUGUCCAAGACUGACUUUCUCGUUGUGCUUCAUCUUGAAGAAACUCCAGUUUUCAUGUUAAAAUCUUCAAUUGAAAUGACAAUUUGUGGUUGGUCACACAUGUUAAAUUCUACGUGCCAAGUAACAUUACAAGCGAAUUAUUUCAAUGAGAAUGCUCAAGAAUGGGAACCAUUCGUAGAUCCGGUUGUUGUUAACGAAUGUGAGUAUAAACCAUGGGAAAUAAUGAUAAAGGUAUUUCAAGAUAGAGCAAUGCCAAUAAUAACUUGUCCUGAAAUUAGGAUGCAAAAAGAUACAAACAAAAAUCAGAAAAGAAAUCUGGAAUCUUUCAGCGGCGAUGAAGAUUCAGACGAAGAGAUGGUCUACAUGGAACCACCUACAACGUUAAGAAAUAAUCAAAAACGUAGAAUAACUACCAGUUUAUCUUCAUUACUUCAGGAAUCUGACUCUGAAACCGAAGAAGGAUCUAAUGACAAACUUAUGUCUGCCAUAUCAGAUCUUUUCACUGGAGAUUGGAACGAAAGCGAAGCGAGCUCGGUAGAACAAUCAUCCAGUGACGAAGAUGAAAAUUUUGAUGAGGAUUCGACUUCUCAUUCUAAAAGUAACAAAGUUGAAACAGAUGCUGAUUUCUUCGAAAAAGCAACAUACGUCAUACUUGAUGGAAAGGAAACGCUGAACAUCACAAUAACACCUUCCUUAUUGAAGGUUAUUAAAGAUUUAAAUAUCUCUUAUUUUGGAAAGACUCUCUCAAUGAUACAUAACAAGAGCAGUAUAAACAUAGUUAAUGAAAUUGGCCCUAAUACAAAAAUAGAAUUGCUUCGAAGAAACAGCAAGGACAAUAGCGAAGAAUAUGUGCUACUUGAUUCCAAGACGUAUGAGAGUCAAGAUUCAUAUCCUAGUAGCCCAACGAGAGAAAACUGCGAUAUUUCAACUAAAGAAAGUGAUGAACUUGCAAAAAUGGAUGCCGACCUUUGCUGUAGUUUCGAGAUUGCCGAAUGUUUCGAUUUUCCUCCUCAAACAACUGCAACUUUAUAUGAAAGUGCACAACGUCAUUUUUUGAAAGUCUAUGUACCUGGAUUUUUACCAAUGCAAACCAAUUGUCCAAAACGCGCAUGGGAAAAAUUAAUCAGUUUGCAAUCCGUUUCUAAUCCAGAAAUGUAUUAUUUGGUUGCUAAGCAUACCGUUGGGAAAAUAAAAACUAUUACAGUUAGUUCCCCUCUUGAAAUACGAAAUGAAACAUGUUUUGCUAUGAGUGUUUUCUACGAGCCAGCCAUCCUCCAGAAAUUAAAUUUGGAGCCCAUUGGAUACAUGAAAAACCCCUUUGAACCUACAAUGCGAAUGGCAGUACUAGAACCCCAUGAACAGUUCCAUGUUCCUCUUUUUAUAGCAUUUCAUUGCAAAUUAUUUAUUCAACCGGCAUAUGCAGAGUAA